AUGUCUCGAAGACCGCCACCGAACCCCGCUGCCGAAAGAGCGGCCCAAAACCAGCAGACAAUCAAGAGCCUCUUGAAGUUGGAGUGCAACAAAGUAUGCGCCGACUGCAAAAAGAACAAGCACCCGCGAUGGGCUAGUUGGAACCUCGGCGUAUUUAUCUGCAUCCGGUGUUCGGGUAUCCAUCGUGGCAUGGGUACGCACAUCAGCAGAGUCAAGUCUGUCGAUCUCGAUUCCUGGACCGACGAACAGCUUCGAAGCAUCCUCAGCUGGGGCAAUGCGCGCGCAAACAAAUACUGGGAGGCCAAGCUGGCUCCCGGCCACGUCCCCUCCGAAUCCAAGAUCGAGAACUUUAUCCGCACCAAGUACGAGCUCAAGCGCUGGACAAUGGACGGCCCCAUCCCCGACCCCGCCAGUCUCGAUGUCGACGGCGACGACGAUGUGCCUUUGAGCCUAGUCAAGGAGAAGCAGAACGUGGAGCGAAGGGAAUCGGUUCGCAAGAGUUCGGUUGGAAAGUCGGCGGCUCCUCCCAGGAACGUUACUUCCCCGCAGCCGCAAGUCGAUCUUAUCGGCGGUGAUCCCAUCCCCAGAGCCAGUACGGCCGGCCCGCAGCCUGGCAAGGUGCCCCCGAAAUCCGAGCCCGCGCCCCCAAAGGCCACGAGCACUAAGGAUUCUCUAUUGGGAUUGGAUUUCUUCGGCGAGCCCGCUGCUCCUCCACGACCCGCCAGCACCAACAAUGCAGGUGGCAUGGGAGGACCCUCGCGGCCAGACCUCAAGCAGUCUAUCCUGUCACUCUACGCCUCGGCCCCGCGACCGCAACCCCAACAGCAGCAGCAACAGGCUCCUCAGGCCGCCGGCGGGGCAUUUGGCGGCAUGCCCUCGCCUACCUUUGGACACCAACAGCAACAGUCCUUUGGCGGCAUGACUGAUGCCUUCAGCAGCCUCAGCUUCUCCAAUACCACCAGCCCCAAGCCGGCUCAGGCAGACCCGUUCGCAAGCCUGGCCAGUCCCGUCAGUAGCACCAGAUCACCACCGCCCGCCUCCAACAACGCUUUUGGCGGUCUCAGCGGCGGUAGCUUCUUCGACUCCAAGCCGGCGGCCCCUGCGCCCUCAGCACAUCAGAAGCAACCUUCAAACAGUGGCUUUGGCGGAUUUGGCUGGUCCAGUUCCCCUGCCCCGGCUGCAGCCCAGUCCCCGCCAAAGCCCGCUCAACCGGCGUCGUCCAUGGGUGACCUGUUCGAUUUGUCCGCUCCUGCUCAGCCUGCCGCUGCCCCCAGCAAGCCGUCCCCCACUCCCGCCUCCUCUUCCGUCUUCAACCUCUCAAACCAAACCAAGUCAACACCCCCCGCUGCCAACCCGACCGCAGCUGCAAGCACGAUCGGCUCAGGAAACUGGUCAAACUCGGACGUUUGGGGCUCCAACGCCUGGAGCACACCCGACACGAACACUGCGGCCGCUACUCCCGCUGCUCCCAAGCCUGCGGAAGCACCCAAGCCCGCCUUUGGAGGAACUGGUGACUUUGGUGGAUGGGGCUCGUCUGGAGUGUCCUCGGGAUUGCCUACUGGAUCGUUUGCCAGCACGCCGAUUGUCCCCGGAGCGUCUGGUGGCUUCAGCGCCGCGCCCAAGGUCGCCGCCGAUGAAGAGUUCGGUGGAUGGACCAGCAGCACGGAACCCGCUGCUGGUUCCGGAUCGGCCAAGCCGAUCGGUGGCAGCGAGGAUCUCUUUUCGAAUGUUUGGCAGUAA